UCAAACAAAGCAGCACGAGCGGCGGCUGCAGGCCGAGACGCUGAGAGCAAAUACAGCGCAGGCCGCUCUUAGCAAGAGGAGACCUCCCCACGAACCUCCACCCACCGCCUGGACCGGGCCAUGGCGGCGGAACCAUGCUCGCAGAUUGAAGCCGAACUUUAUUACCUGAUCGCCAGAUUCCUGCAGUCUGGACCAUGUCAGAAAUCCGCUCAGAUGCUGCUGCAGGAGCUGCACGAAUACGAGAUCAUCCCGAAGCGCUGGAGCUGGGAUGGAAAGCAGUUUAAGCGAAGCUUUGAAGACUGGGUCUUGUUAAAUCAGCACAUACCUGCGGAUUACCUGUUGCAUGUGUGUGAGCAGAUUGGCCCAUUGAUAGAUAAACACAUUCCUCCCAGUGUUCCUGGAGUCCACAGUUUACUGGGCAGUGGGCGACAGUCAUUACUACGGACAGCAAAAAGUUCUUCUCUUACAGUAUGGAGUGGUUCUGCAGUAGUUGCCUUGCACAGGGGACGGCCCCCAGAACCACCUCUCAACUGUGCCAAACCACCAAAUAUAGUGUCAAUCAUGGGUGCUCGCCAAAAAACAGGAGUGGCACGAUUUGGCCACGCCGUCCCCUCCUGUACCUAUCAGCACAUGAAGAUGCAUCGAAGGAUUCUGGGCCAUCUCUCAUCAGUGUACUGUGUGGCGUUUGACCGCACUGGGUGGCGCAUUUUUACGGGUUCUGAUGACUGUCUAGUGAAGAUCUGGGUGACGGAUGAUGGCCGUCUCCUAACCACUCUGCGUGGACACGCGGCAGAGAUUUCAGACAUGACCGUGAAUUUCGAGAACACGCUCCUUGCUUCCGCCAGCUGUGACAAGGUCAUCCGCGUGUGGUGCCUGCGUACCUGUGCACCUGUGGCAGUGUUGCAGGGGCACACAGCCUCUAUCACCUCCAUACAGUUUUCUCCAUCAGCAUUAGGUUCCUCUCGGCAUCUGGCCACCACUGGAGCUGAUGGGAUGGUGUGUUUCUGGCAGUGGAACUCACUCAGUAUGAAGUUUGAUGAUCGGCCUGUGAAGUUUAUGGAACGUUCUCGUCCCGGAGUUCAGAUAUCCUGCAGUUCCUUCAGCUCUGGGGGAUUGUUUCUGGCCACCGGAGGGACGGACCACAUGAUCAGAGUUUACUACCUCGGCACAGAGAUGCCUGUGAAGUUUUCUGACCUGGACUCCCACACGGAUAAAGUUGUAGCUAUUCAGUUUUGCAAUAACACCGACAGUCUCAGGUUUGUGAGUGGUAGUCGGGAUGGUACGGCUCGGAUUUGGCAUUACCAACAGCACGAAUGGAAGAGUACCGUGCUGGACAUGAGCGCCAGAUUACCAGGGAGUGCUGUGAUAUCAGGCGAUGACAAAUCGACCAAGUUGGUGGUGACCAUGGUCGCGUGGGAUCGUUACGAUCGCUCCAUCAUCACAGCUGUUUCAAACUGCCUCCUCAAAGUCUGGAACUCAGCAAAUGGCCAAUUACUACAUGUGCUGUCGGGUCAUGAUGAUGAGGUGUUUGUUUUGGAAGCACACCCCUUUGACUCACGAAUCUUGUUAUCAGCUGGUCAUGAUGGUAACAUCUACAUCUGGGACCUCAGUAAAGGCCUCAAGAUCAGAAACUUCUUCAAUAUGAUUGAAGGCCAGGGUCAUGGUGCUGUGUUUGACUGUAAAUUUUCUGUGGAUGGGCAGCACUUUGCCUGCACAGACUCUCAUGGUCAUCUGCUCAUCUUCGGAUUUGGGUGCAGUCAGCCUUAUGAAAAGAUUCCAGACCAAAUGUUCUUCCAUACGGAUUUCCGGCCGCUGAUCCGGGACUCCAAUAACUUUGUUCUAGAUGAGCAGACGCAGCAGGCACCCCAUCUUAUGCCUCCACCUUUUCUGGUGGAUGUGGAUGGGAACCCCCACCCACCUCGUUGCCAGCGCCUGGUGCCAGGCAGAGAAAACUGCAAAGAGGAGCAGCUUGUGCCACAGCUCGGCUACAUGGCUAAUGGUGAUGGUGAAGUGGUUGAGCAGGUGAUUGGCCAGCAGACUGCAGAGGAGUCUCAGGAAGAAAGCCCAUUGGAUGACCUGAUUAGGCAGCUCCAGCACCAGCAAGAUGAGCGACUCCACUCAGGAAAUCCUACAGGUGCUGAGGUGGCAGGUGGUCCUCUGUCACCCCCUAACGUUGGGCUGCGACGUAGCGGACAAGUUGAGGGUGUACGGCAGAUGCACAAUAAUGCCCCCCGCAGUCAGAUCGCCACUGAGAGAGACCUGCUGGCAUGGAGCCGCCGCGUGGUGGUUAAUGAAGUCCAGUCUGGCAUAUUUAGAGUGAUGGAAGACAGUAGGCGUGCUAAAGGAGAGGUAGAAAGGUCUUUCUACAACAUUGAGAAGAAGAAGAAAUCUGCACCCACAACAGGAAGUGAGCCGGUGGGAGAGAGCGUUCGCAUGUUACGGAGGCCUCAGCGCAGACCUCAGCAGAGGAGACACGCAUAUCAGACCCGCUCGACUCGAGAAAGGAGACGCAGCACAAGUGUGCUCUCGUACACCCAUAACGAGGAAAGUGUGGCAGAGUCCGACAGUGAAGUGGAGCAGGAGGAGGAGCAGAUUGAGAACAGUGACGUGUCCUCUGAUGGUGAAGCUCAGUGGGAGAAUGACAGUAGCUCCAGUGACUCUUCUAGCGAGUAUUCUGAUUGGACAGCGGAUGCGGGAAUCAACCUCCAGCCUCCGAAGCGAACAACUAGAAGGCUGCCGGCUCGUGUUGUUGGGAGCAGUAGCUCUGAGGACGAGGAGGGGACAGGGCAGGGAGAGGCUGAGAGAACGAGUAAACGCACUGAAAAGAAAAAGAAACCUAAACAGACUAAACAGCGGUCUGUGCCUGCUGGCGAUUUAGAGGAAUGGUUGCCCCCAUCUUGGAUCAUGGAGACAAUUCCAAGACGAUCACCCUUUGUACCUCAAAUGGGAGAUGAGCUAAUAUAUUUCCGUCAGGGUCAUCAAGCAUACGUCCGAGCCGUGUGUCGUGCCAAAGCCUACAGCAUCAACCCUCAGAAACAGCCCUGGAACCGCCUGAACCUCAGGGAUCAGGAGUCUGUAAAGGUAGUGGGUAUUAAAUAUGAAGUCGGGCCGCCCACUCUGUGCUGCCUCAAACUGGCUCUACUGGACCCCACCUCAGGGAAAAUGACCAACGAAUCCUUCAGCUUGAAGUAUCAUGAUAUGCCUGAUGUCAUUGACUUUCUGGUGCUACAACAGUUUUACAAUGAGGCCAAAGAACGCAACUGGCAGCCUGGUCAGCAUUUCAGGAGCAUCAUUGAUGAUGCUUGGUGGUUUGGUUCGGUGGAGUGUCAGGAGCCAUUUCAAUCUGACUAUCCAGACAGCCUCUUUCAGUGCUACAUUGUCAGGUGGGAUAAUGGAGAGAGAGAGAAAAUGAGUCCAUGGGAUAUAGAGCCCAUACCUGAAGAAGCUCCACUUCCAGAGGAACAUGGGGGCAGUGUCCCGGUCACAGAGGACGAGCUUCAGGCCCUGCUGUACACCCCUCAGGAGGGAGAGUGGGGGCUGCACACACGAGAUGACGAGUGCGAGAGAGUCAUCACAGCCAUAGAUCAGCUGCUAACACUCGGUAUGGCAAAUGCACACAAACCACCUAAAACUAUUCGUCAGCAUUUCAGGAGCAUCAUUGAUGAUGCUUGGUGGUUUGGUUCGGUGGAGUGUCAGGAGCCAUUUCAAUCUGACUAUCCAGACAGCCUCUUUCAGUGCUACAUUGUCAGGUGGGAUAAUGGAGAGAGAGAGAAAAUGAGUCCAUGGGAUAUAGAGCCCAUACCUGAAGAAGAGGAACAUGGGGGCAGUGUCCCGGUCACAGAGGACGAGCUUCAGGCCCUGCUGUACACCCCUCAGGAGGGAGAGUGGGGGCUGCACACACGAGAUGACGAGUGCGAGAGAGUCAUCACAGCCAUAGAUCAGCUGCUAACACUCGCAUUUUCACUGUUAAUGUGCAUGUGUGUCUGCAGGGAUCAGACCUGUACUGAUAUCUUGGAUCUUUACAAUAAGAUGAAGAGCGAAUUCAGCAGCGAGGAAGAGGAGACUGUGAAUGUGGACUCGGACACUCCUGGCACCUCCACUGGUCAGAGGAGGUCUAAUCAUGUGAAGCGUGGUGUGGUCCUGGAUAUAAAUGCAUGGCACGGACAGUGCAAAGAGCUUCUGAGGAGAAUGAUGGCAAGCUCAGAUUCAGAGCCUUUCCGCCAGCCUGUCGACCUCUUCGCAUACCCGGAUUAUCGUGAUAUUAUAGACACUCCUAUGGAUUUAGGCACAGUCUCUGAGACCCUGAUGGGUGGGAACUACGAGAAUCCCAUGGAGUUUGCCAAAGACGUGCGGCUUAUCUUCAGUAAUUCAAAGGCUUACACACCCAACAAGAAGUCUCGAGUAAGAACCCACUUUUCUAGCUGUUAAAUGAACA